GCAUAAGCAUUAGCAGAAGCUGUCUGAAGGCAAUCCGGCCAAGCCAAGCAAUGCGUCACCACCGGUCACGAGCAACCGCACAACCGAAGCGAUUACGGAGGCGCGCCGUCACUGCACCCUAUUUAAUGGCUUCAAUUGACGCGAUAUACGUCAAAUCACCAUGCAACACAUAAUGACUCCGCGCUCCGCUGGGCCGGUACGCCUUGGCAGCGGCAGUCUCUCAUAUACGAAGACAUACGCGAAGGACCCGUAGACCUGGCGUACGCUGACGGCAUUGUUUAUAUGCAUGGCUAGCUUCCAAUCACAAACAAACACACAGAGGACUCACAGGAGGACUCAAGCUCCGCUUCCCCUUCUCUGGCUUUCCUACUGAAAUUGCUGACAAUUGAAAGCGUCAUAAGUUGUUUCUGCAAACGCUUAAACGUAGACACCUCUCUCUGGCGCACAGUGUCAGCACCGUCCCGACAUGGCGAACACGGCCCCGGUCAUCCCUUUCAAUGUACUUCAACAGCACGCGUCUAGCUCCAGUUGCUGGAUCGUUAUCACCCGGGACGGGCAGCGGAGAGUGUAUGAUGUGACAAACUACCUGGAGCACCAUCCUGGCGGCAAGGCUGUUAUUGCGAACCUGGCAGGACGUGACGCAACGCGAGAAUAUGACAACACUGGUCACAGCAAGGCCGCCCAGCGACUUCUAGACCGCUACUUUAUCGGCCUCCUCGAGCCCGGGGCACCCCUGCCGGAGUCGUGCCACGGCGCUGCGGGCAAGGCAGAGAAGCCUGGCAUCUUCAAGCGUUUGUUCAGCUUAUAGCAUGGAGGGACAGCUUGAGCUCGCUUCUGGCGUCUGCAGAGGCGCAUGUUGAAGAUGGUUGGAGCUGGUGCAUACUUAUGGAUGGCGCAGUGGCGUGGCGCCCGCAGGUUGAGAGGUCUCGCGAGAGCUGAAUCACGGUAGCAUGGUCAUGGAGGCCGUCUGCCAUGCAGCGCACCGCUUGCAUCAAUUCCAGUUGUCAUGUACAUACUGCGCAACGCGUCGGCCUUAGCGCCAUAGAUGAACAUAUGAUGCAUGCGUGCUUGGCAGUUAGCUAAUUUCUUGGGUAUACUCAGGCGAGGGCGUGCGAGCCGCUUAGUAGCAGUAACAGGGAUUGCAACGGUUGUGAGGGGCCAGGAGCGAGGGGCGACUGGGCGUGCUCACAAGCCAGCAAAGCGCAUGAUUGCAAUCACUUGAGUCUAGAAACCAGGGCCAUGGGCGCAGGGUAUUUAUUCAUGGUGGUGGGCUAGUGGCACAGCUUAGACUGUGAAUUUUAGCUCGCGUAAUAAGCCCAAGGUUGCCGUAUUCGUACGCUGUGAACGGCAGACUGCACAGGAGGGAGACGUGUGGUGCAUUGGUGCAGCGCAAGCUGCCGUGAAAGAUGUGUCCCUGACCCAUUAAAGCGGGCUGCAUGGAUGUGACAUCGUAUCCCGCCUGCUGUGUACGGUACCACGGCGGUGAGGCUCAGGGGCACGAGCAACACACCUGGGCCGUGGCGAAUCCGCACAUGGCUGGUUGCGCAUGGCGGCCUCCUUGUAAACUAGAUCACCG